UCAGUCACUUUCGAGCCUAUUUGUAGGGGCGGAAGUUCACACUGGUCACCAAUCAUGAAUCAUUAUUAGCCCUGAAGAAAUCUAAGGAUUACUUGGGCAUGAUCGGGAGAUGGGCAACGGUGGUACAGAGCAUGGACUUUGACAUUUGUGAUCGGGAGCAUGAGAGGCACGGGAAUGCUGACGGGUUGACACGACUACACCGACCCGAGAAGGUCCUCAAGAGCGAGGAGGUGAUUCCGUGGAACGAGCCGAAGAAGGAGAACGGACCACUGUACGGACAAGUGGAAAUUUUGUCGAAGGAUGACGAGAGCCCGGCUCCGCACGUCCUUACACGGAAUUUGGCACUGUAUCUCCAGUGGACUGCGUGCUUGGAGGAACCGGGGAGUGAAAGCGCCUUGCCAUCGUGGCAGGAGUACUUGAAGCCAACCGAAAUCAUCAAUCUCGCCUUCUAUCCGAAGCAAGAUUCAUCCGAGGAGGCAGGAGAAGAAGAAGAGGACGAUGCCGAAGAAGAAACGCCGGAGGAAGGAAGUUAUAGCGAGUACAGUGAAGGGGAGCAGAGUGUAGAGGAAGAAGAGGAAGAAGAGGAAGAAGAAGAAGAAGAAAACGAUGAAGAGGAGGAAGCCGGAUCGGAGUGGGAGGCCUUGACGGAAGAAUCGGCGCGCACAGGCACGGAGGCGGAAGAUCUUGAGGCGGCACGUAGAAGAGAAGAGAUCACCGCCGGGAAAAGCUAGUUGAAGUUCGUCAGCGAGGCGAACCCGCGCAUCGACGACGACCCGACCAGAGAUUCAGAGCCCCCCGAGCCCG